GACGGAUGCGCCGCUCAGUCAACCUGACUGACGGUUCGUUCCACUGGACUGGACGUCACCGCUUUCGCCACCGUCUCCAAUCAUCCAUCCAAUCCAGAGGCGUGGUGCGACCCAGGCCCACCCGCGUCUUCGUCCUCCCCUGUAGGCUCCUCGCACGCAGUGGGGUCCUCUCCGCACCCCGCCGACGGCCGACCGGCCGCCAGUGCAUCCAGGGAAGUCGGGGGACCGGCCGGUGCGGAAGGAAUCGACCCGGAGCCAGAGCCGAGUCUUUCUCUGCUCACUGACCUGGCUCCUAUUGAUUCUGGAGUUCGGUUCGCAUGGCUUCUGAAUCAGGGGACGGCAACUGCAAUGCUUGGGCAGCGAGAGAUCCUUCUGGAGUUCUCUCGCCAUACAAGUUCGACCGCAGGUGGCUUCCACCUCCUGAUCUGAGCAGUGCAAAGCGGCGAUGUUUCAUUGAAGAUCACACACUGUGGAGUCUGUUAUGCCGACGUUGUUUGGACACAGAAUAUGCACAAUGAUUCUAAAUAUCCUUUGGUUCCUGGGCACGAGAUAGCUGGAGUUGUAACUGAGGUUGGUUCAGAUGUCAAAGGCUUUAAAGUGGGUGACCAUAUAGGCAUCGGAACCUACGUGACCUCAUGCUGAGAUUGUGAGAACUGCAAUAGCUCUCUAAAGACUCGAUCAAGGGGAGAGACGUCCCCUUGACUUUCGCCUUAAGAUAGGGGCCCACCAAACCCGGAAAGCAGGCAGAGAUCUCACGCGCGCUCGCUUCAUUGGCGGCCACGGAGUCCGCUGCUCUGUUACAGUCCAGGAGGUGGGUGUACGACCCUGCAGCGCCAGGAUUCAAACCCUGGUGGGGAGCGCCACACCUGGGCGCUCUACCAUCGCGCUAUCAGCGCGUCUGCACUGCAAUAGCUCUCUAGAGAACUAUUGCCCAAAAUCAGUUUAUACAUUCAAUGGCAUUGAUAAAGAUGGCACUGUCACAAAGGGGGGUUACUCCACUCACAUUGUAAUCCAUGAAAGGUACUGCUUCAAAAUACCAGGGCAAAGGCAGCACCUCUUCUAUGUGCUGGAAUCACUAUGUAUACUCCAAUGAUGCGACACAAUAUGAACCAACCUGGAAAAUCACUAGGGGUCAUUGGACUUGGUGGACUGGGUCACAUGGCAGUGAAAUUUGGUAAAGACUUUGGCCUUAAGGUCACAGUUUUCAGUACGAGUGAAUCGAAGAGAGAUGAAGCCAUCAACAUCCUUGGAGCAGAUAAUUUUGUUAUAUCAUCAAACACACAGCAGAUGGAGUCCCUGAAAUACUCUCUUCACUUCAUAGUUGACGCUGCUUUGGGUGACCAUCCUUUUGAUCCAUAUCUCUCACUUCUUAAGCUAGCAGGAAGGAGCAGAAGUGGAGAGAUGGCUGGUCUGAUUGCAUCUGGAAUCAUCAAGUGGACAGCAAGCAAGCUUGCUUCCUUGGUUUCUGCACCGAUUGGGCCAUCAUCUUCAUCUGAUGAGCAACAGACUUCUGCAAUCAGAGAUGUGCAGAUGCUGCAGAGGAGGAUGGCAUCAGUCCAGCGCACACUGGAGGCAAUAGAUGAGGAUAGCAUCAGAGAUGAGUCUGGAAGGCUUCGAUUGAGGGAGCUCCAGGAGUUUGCCUAUGAUGCGCAGGAUGCUAUCGAUGAGUACAAGUUUGAGCUGCUGCGUCGUAGGAUGGAUGAUCCAGACAGUCUUCAUGAAGACAGAAGUACACGUAAACGCAAGCGCAAGGGCGACAAGAAGGAACCAGAAACAAACCCUGUGAUGAUUCCAGUUCCAGAUGAAUUGGCUGUCAGGGUAAAAAGAAUUCUGGAAAGAUUUAAGGAGAUCACAAAGGCAUGGAAUGAUCUUCAUCUGGAUGAGGCAGAUGCGCCAUUCAGGGAGGAGGAGGAAGACUUUGUGCCUAGGCUAACUACUCCACAUGUUGAUGAACCCACUGUAAUUGGCAGAGAUGAUGAUAAGGAAAACAUAGUCAAGUUGUUGCUCUCACUGAAUGGAGCUUGUGGAGAAAAUAAUGCAUCAGUUCUUCCUAUAAUUGGAAUGGGGGGAGUAGGAAAGACAACACUUGCUCAAAUAGUUUACAAUGAUCAAAGGAUCACAAAGCAGUUUGACCUGAUGGGAUGGGUCCAUGUAUCAGAGAACUUUGAUCUUAAAAGCAUCAUGAGCAAAAUUAUCAUGUCAUUUACAAGGAAACCUUGUCAGAUAACAGAAUUGGACCAGUUAGAGUAUAUGCUGAUGGAACAAGUUGUUGGCAGAAAGUUCUUACUUGUUCUUGAUGAUGUAUGGAGCGAAAGGAAGGACCUUUGGGAUGCCUUGCUAUCGGUGAUGUCUACUGCACAAUUAGGGGCAAUACUUGUAACUACCCGCAAUGUAAAUGUGUCAUCAAUUAUCCAGACAAUGCCUCCCUACAAUGUGGGCUGCUUACCUUUUGAUGAAUCUUGGCAACUAUUUAAGCAGAUGGCCUUUUGUGACCUGGAUCAAAAUAUAGAAAAACCCUUUGAAGAAAUUGGCAGAAAAAUUGUUCAGAAAUGUGGAGGCUUGCCUUUGGCAGUCAGAGCAAUUGGAAGCGCACUUCGCUUUGAGGAAAAUGAGGAGACGUGGUGUGAUAUAUUGGACUCUGAAUACUGGGACUUACCAACGAGGGAGGAUACUGUGUUGCCAGCCUUAAAGUUGAGCUAUGUCCGUAUGCCAAUUCACCUGAAACGGUGCUUUGUUUUCUUCACGCUGUUCCCCAAGGGGCAUAUUUUCGUGAAGGAGAAUGUCAUAUAUCUCUGGAUAUCUUUGGGCAUCCUUAAGCAGACUAGGCAUCGGCACCUUGAGAACAUUGGCAAUCGAUACUUUAAUGACUUGUUGCAGAGAACUAUGGUUCAGAGAGUACUACUUGAUGGAGGACACAAUUGCUUCACCAUACACGACCUUUUCCUUGAUCUGACCAAAUUUGUCUCAGGUGAAGAUAUUUUGAAAUUGGACACUCAAUAUAUGCCGUUCUUAAAUGACGCAUCACAAAAUCUUAGAUAUUUAUCCUUGGCUGUGAGUUCUUCAGAUCAUACAAUAUUAGACCUGCGUACCUUGCCAAUUACUAGAGGUCUUAGGAUACUUCAAGUUAUAAAUGCUUUGGAUGAUAACAAAAGGUAUUACUCUUCUCUUUUCAAAAAUAACAGAAGAUGCUUCUCCAAGUUGUUCUCUCAUCAUAUCAAUGUUAUGCUUCCUGAGGAUCUAAGGGGUCUCCGACAUCUGAGAGCCUUAGAUUUAAGUCGGAGUGCAUUGACGUCAUUGCCAGAGUCAAUAGGAGAACUGAAGCUGCUGAGAUACCUCUGUAUUUUCCAAACACGAAUUGCCAAGCUACCUGAAUCUAUCUGCAGCCUACACUACCUGAAGGUUUUAGAUGCGAGAACCAACACGCUUGGAGAGCUUCCACAAGACAUUCAGAAAUUGGUCAGCCUUCAGCACCUCCUUUUAGAUUUCUGGUCUCCCCUAUGCAUGCCAAGUGGAAUUGGGAAGUUAAGAAGGCUAAAAACAUUGACGAGGUAUAGUGUUGGAACAGGCAAUUGGCACUGCAACAUUGCUGAACUACAUCAUUUGGUGAAUAUUCAUGGAGAACUUUGCAUUACAGGUCUAGGUCGAGUGACCAGCAUUGAUGAUGCUCAGACGGCAAACCUGAUCAGUAAAAAGCACUUGCAAAUUCUGAGAUUGGAUUGGUCUGCUGGAUUCUACGCUACUGAAUGUGAGCACAUUGUUAAUCAGAAUAAUGCAACAUCAACACCAGAACUGGAUGAGGGUGUAUUUGAGAGCUUAAAGCCGCAGAGGAACCUCGAGGAGCUAGAGGUAAUUAAUUAUAGUGGCUACAAAUAUCCAAGCUGGUUGGGGGAUCCUGCCUUUUCACGUUUAGCCAAGGUGACUCUAUGGAAGCAAAAAUGCCAGUUUCUUCCAGCUCUUGGCCAACUGCCUCAACUCCAUGAACUUGUGAUCAUUCAUAUGGAAUGUGUAGAGCGAAUUGGGCAAGAGUUCUAUGGCCAGGACUCCAUGGAGCGAUUCCCAGCUUUGGAGAAACUAGAGUUUGAGGACAUGCCAAAAUGGGUGGAGUGGUAUGAAGUUUCUGAAACUGAUUUCCCUUCCCUUCGUGAGCUGAAAAUCAAAGAUAGUAAUGAAUUGAGGGUCCUUCCACAGAAAUUGCCAUCCCAUCUGAAGAAGUUGGUUAUCAUAAACUGUGAGAAGGUGAUUAGACUACCGGCUGUUCCAUGCCUCACUCACUUAGUCUUGAAGGGCAACAUUGAUGAAGAGACCUUAAGUUGUCUCCAUUUUCCACUCCUCAGGACAUUAAAAGUUUGUUUCUUGAGAAAAGCAGAGGAGGUCAAACUUGAAAACUUGCCAAAGCUUGAGGGACUAGCUAUCACUGGAUGCAAACGGCUGUUCUCUAUAGAUGGAUUGUGUAGCGUUGAAUCCCUCGGUAUUCUGAAGAUAAAAGAUUGCCCAAACUUGCAACUUCCUUUAAAACCACUCCCACAGAAGGUUCAACAAUCUACUGUCACAAAUUGUCCUCAAUUGCAGGAAUGGGCUGAGUGGCAGCAAGCUCAAAUGUCAGAACCUCAAUAUCAGUUCAAAGAACCUGAUGGUGCAAGCUAUGAUCAAGAGGUACUUGAAGCACUAAGGGAUGACAGCGAGGAUGAUUUCGAAGUUUCCAGUGAAGACGAAGAUGAUGAUUUCUUUGAGAGAAUGUUAGAAGUCGGGCAAUCAAGUGGAAUGGCCAUCGAUUACAAUGCUGACAAUGAUGAUGCUUGCUGAACAUAAAAGAGAAGCGUAAACCCUCAACAUACAAGAGCCAGAUCAACACCAUCCAAAUGUCACAAUGUCCUAUAUUGUAACCAAUCUAUGACUGUCGUUCUAGGAACGAUAAGGAGGCUUUUUUUAACACUUUUUAUAAAAGCAGUAACGUCAGAGUUAAAUUGAUGUGCUGCUGUUGUUGCAAGCAAUACUGUGACGAGCAGACUGUGUGACAUGGGUGGAUGGUUGGCUAUUCUGGAGCUCUUGGCAGACAUGACCAAGAAAGGCAUCAUCCCAAACGUUACGUUCAACAUUUUGAUUCAUAGUCGUUGCAUCAGGGGAAGCUUUCUGUGGCAAAAAAUCUGGUUUUUAAUCAUGGGAUUCCUGCAAAUGUUGUGACAUACAAUAUGCUCAUCCAUUGGUCUUACUACCAUGGGAGUGCUAGUGAUGUGGAAAACAUGUUUGAGUACAUGACAAAAGUAGCGAAUAUUGCUCCA